ACACGAUCAGGAUGACCAUGAUUUCAUCCCUGCCCUCCGCCUCGUGGCCAUUUUGUUUCCCGAUGAGUAAUAUUCCGUUUCACAAGAGCCGAUGUGAUCUGUUGUCGGCGGCCUCGCUCUGGAGAGCUGCUAUUGAUCGGUGGUCAAAAUGACGGCGCCGUGAUCUGGAAAUCAUCAGGGGCUCUCAGACAAACGUAUUGCGAUGUCCUUCGUUUUCAUCUUUGCCGUAUGAGGAUUGCAGCGUGCUUAACAACUAAUCUGCGCAUUAGCCGAUUGCCCCACGGACAUACGGUACUCCAACUUGCUGCGCCGUAAAAACUGUGUCGGCCUGCGUUUUUGAGAAACAACUUUGCGAGGCGUCACUUAUCCUGAAUUGACUGAAACCACAAGCUACAUGGCAUGGUUGUCAAUAAAAAUUACAUUUCCCUGGUUGCUGUACUUCCAUUAAAGCGAUACAAAGACAGGAAAAGAAAUAGUGGAUAUUUGAGAGGAUCCCAUACAUUGACUAUACUCAUGCAUUUCCGUGACAGAGACUCUCCACGCUUCACUUUUUCAACAUAGGUACAUGUAAAAUUAUAAAUAUAACACGCACAUUGGUCCGACUCGGUGGCUACGCCGUCCCUUCAGAUUAAAACAUAAACGUUCUCAUCAUUGCAGCCGUGCGAAUGAGGCGACGAGCUUGUCAACGAACUUUUCAGAUCUUCCGUCACAGCCUUUUUAUCGGCGUCGCAUAUCGCCUCUCUGACAGCUCCAUUGAUGGCCGGAGGCACCCGAGCGCCGCAUGUAAAUCGUUGUGUGAGCUACGAGACGGCACAAUCAGCUGUGAAUGCUCCACUUUGGAGCGGUGGAGAAUGGGAGGGGCACCUUCCUAUUUACACACGCCUACGCACGCACACACAUUUCAUCGUGGAUGCUGGCGUCUCUGUCUUGAGCAGCUGGAUUUGGAGUGCUCGUGGAUCAUGGCAGUCAGUCAGCACUGAUUCAGCACUAAAGAGGGCAGGGGGCUCAGGGUAUUGAACAAAUGAUGAUGGACAUAGCGGAGACCUUUUAGUGGGGGGGGCUAAGGGGAUCGUCUCCAAAAAUGGGGAACAGCGUCCAGAAGCGGAAGAAGGUGGAGAUGGAGAAAAAGCCCACUGUACUCUGGGAGAAACCAAAAGGCUUCUGGCUGCUUAGACGAACAGACAAACUCAAGACAGCUGCUACCAAGGCCAACGACGAGCAGAAGAAGUUGGCAGUGCACUACUCGGCCUCACAACACUUCCGGGAGAACGUUUUCAUCGAGGGCAAUCGGCCCCAGUACCUGGAGGACUUGCACUCGGAAGCUCAAGAGGGCUUGAAAAUAUUACAGCGGGAAGGUCAGCAAGAGCACCAGAGCGGAGUGAACUUUGCUGAAGAUGAAAGCUGUGCUUCAUCAGCGCAUCCAGAAGAUGAUCUCGACUCCAAAGAUGAGGAGGGCUCUCUCGAGUCAAAAUCCAACUCGGGGAUUAGUGAUACCACAAGAACUUCUUCCACCAUGACCAGACCUGCGCUCACUCGUCAAAGUUCCACAUUCAAGCCUCUGUAUCCAGUGAAACGGUUAGAAAAGAACAAGAAGAGGAACAGAAGGACGACCAUUAUGGGUAUUCCCAACCAGGUCCAGAAAGAACUCGCAUUGCACAGAGGCUCGACCUUCCAGCAAGUUGCUUCUACGGAACUACCCAAUGACAGCAGCCAGUCGGGUGUUUUCAUCAUUCCAAGUGUUGACGGAGGGACUCCGGUGAUGACCAAGGAAGGAGCAAGGGUGCACCUGUCACAGGUGGAACAGGUAUCUGAUGAUAAGCAGCAGAUGAAAUUACAUCUUCAGGAUCUUUACAAGAAGGACCAAGCCUUCAACCACCACGGAUAUGGACCUCAUCACGAUUGGUCAUCUGUCACCAGGCCCAAGUCUGUUGCGGUACCUGGAAUGACUACUUUUACUUCCUUCAACCCAUUAAGGAGUAGCUUCCUCUUAGAACCACAGGGUCCAGUGAUGUCCGUAUCUCCUCAGGCUACCUACCUAUCUACAAUCAUACCAAAUGCGGUGCUGCCAGCCUCGGUUGAAGUCAUCGAAAUUGACCGCGGCAGCCAACGAGGCAACAGCGUCCACACACUAAGCAAAAGCAGCCUGGCUUCUGAGGGUUCAUCAGCCAGCCCUUUUCUCUCCAGAAAAUCAGAGAGUGACGGCUCCCACGCCGAUAUUUCUUUGUAUAAUUCAACAACGCAGGGUACCUCGCACAAAGUGGAGCUCAAUCUGCAGGGAAUCUCCAGCCUCCAGACUCCAGCGAAUCGCAUCAGUGAUAGUGAAAAUAUAGUACCGAACAUGGUUUCCGACCCUGUCCUGCCAUGUAGCAGUGGGAAUGAUGCAAAGAUCAAACGUCAUUCCACUCGAAGUCUCUCCAUUAUCAAGACCAAGCUACCCCCGGCACCUCCGCGAAGAUCAAAUUCGCUUCAUAGCAAUAAGAUACAGACUGAUUCCAAAGGGCAGGCACAGAGCAGAGAUGCAAAUGUUUCUGCUUCUCAAGGAGGAUCAAGUGCUACAGGAAGUAGAGCGACAACGGAGGAAUCACAAGUCACCGCUGAAACAAACAAGAUUCUGGAUCCGGUGUCAAACAUUGCAGAAUCCAAUUGCCAUCCUUUAAGUCCUGCUCAGGUUUCUGCUGGCGGAGCAAAAAAAGCAGGAGAGUCCAUCUCGGAAUUGAACCCUUCCUUUCCGCAGAAAAAUCACUCCGAAUGUGAGAAAUUUGAACGGACCAUUUCCCCUUCCAGCGGCUACUCCAGUCAAAGUGGUACCCCAACACUUUCCCCAAAGGAGAUCACUCCAAUUUCUCCAGAUAAACACAAGACGAAACCGGUAAAGCCGGAGAGAACUGGGUCUCGGGCGUCAUCCUCAGCCUCUCCAUCCUCAUCGCUGACCUCCCUAUCGUCCGGUACAUCCGAGCCCGUCAAUUUGGAUGUUUCGAAUUCUUGCACUUCUAAUUUGCCGCCGGCGUCUGCAAAAGAUCUCACUUCGCCUUUGAGAAUGGAAGUCAGAGAUCUGUGGAAUGUACCACCGCCUCCCAAAAUCAAAGCGCCGUGUCCCCCUCCUCCUGAAACAUGGGCUCAAAAUAGUCACGCCGUUGCACUCCUGUGUGGUCCCAGCCCCCAAAUCACCAAACUUGUCACAGAAUCAACAAAAACUCGAGAAAAUGCAGAUAUGCAUGAAGGGAGCCAAACAGAAACCCGUGACUUGAGUUUUGAAAAACAAUCCCAGGAUGAAACGGAAGCAUCGAAAAUAAAUUCAACAGACGACAAAUCGUCGUGCGACGUUGCCGGAGAGGUCCAUCGGGUUAAAGAAAAUACGGAACGUGCCGGUACAGAAGAAGAUACAUUUUCAGCUGAGGACAGGAUUGAAAAAACAACAAAAACUCAAGAUCAAGAGAGCUGUCGCUGGACAAUGACUGGCUCUGGCAGUUGUGACGUAUCCGUAAAAAAAGAACCACCGCCCGUUAUGAAGAAGCCACAACCGGGGGGGGAAACAACGUUGACAGAGAGCCAACAAAGCGAUCGUUGCAAGAUCGCCGCAAUCUCCGCGAUCUCCGAAGUGGACACGAGCGAAGUCCGAUCAAUACGAGCAAAUUCUAUAGAUUCGCAAAGCUUUCGCAUAAGCUCACCGCCACCUUCACCUCCACCUGCUUACCAGCCUACGCCGCCUCUCUCAAGAAAAUCACCUCCCACCUCGGUGUCGGUAUCACUCGAUGAGUUGGAAAGAGUACAGGAGGAGAACUGUGUCGCAGAAUCAUCUUGGCCACCUCCACCGCCUCCGUUAGAGGGAGACUCGGUCUUGGACGGAGGGGAUGAGAUAGAAUUUCCUCUCCCGCCUCCACCUGACGUGGCUUACAAUAUUCCAGCUGAGGACGCUUGUGCCAGAGGGUUGGAAGUUUCAGACACACCAAUUCCUUCGUUAGAGGAAUUUGUCAAGACAAUUCAAGACUCUGGUGAAGCCGAGACAUCUGCACCUCCGGAUCCAGUUUUAGUGCAAACUGUAGUUUGCGACAACAAAGACGCAGAAAGUUCGGACGGACCAGUGCGGACCCUCUCGUCAGCUUUACAAGGUCCUUCAUUUUCAACCGGCAAUCCUGCAGAAAUCCAACCGUUGCUCUCCGCGAUAGCUUCUGGCAGUUUCCCAAAGAGACGCUCUCUUGAAAUUGAAAGUCACCCUGCUACUGAAUCGCCCGGCACUUCACAACUCCCUGCGCUGGUUAAAUCCCCUUCACCGAUGGAGAACCUUACCGCCGGGGUUGCCUUCAGAAGGCCCCCUGGUACUGCGCAUCGAGACAACAGGACCAAGGAGCUUCUCGCUCGCCACAAAAGUGCGCCCAUCCCUAAAGAGGAUGCGAACAUACCUCUCGUCACCCCCUCUUUACUUCACAUGGUCCGCCUCCGUACCGUCAGUACAAAUGAGGACAGCGCCGAAGCGCUUUCUGAAGACGGCUCACCAAAAGAGGUAGCUCUCGUAGAGGAGAUUGGUCGAACCGCGAGUGUGGGGCAGCAAAACACUCCGCCAAAGCCUACCCGUAAGUCACUGAAAUCUCCCCCACAAGCGGUGAAAACGUACGUGACACCUAACACCCCUUCCAUGCGAUUACAAGAAGCCAUUCGCAUAAAAACUGCAGCACUCUCAUCAAGAGAAGGUCUUCCAUACCGACUGGGGAUGAGACCGUCCUACCACUGUGCGAGCGAACCGGGGAUAUUGUCCCACAAAUCAUCGGAAGCACUUGACACACAAAGGAUCCCAGCUUCUUCGGCAAGCUUCAUCUUCUCCAGGAGCGCUAAGCAGGUUGUUAUUGAUACUGGUGCUACGCCGGAAGAUCGGGCUGGUGUGAAGCAAAGUUUAGCAGGCGAUCUUGUGCGGUCUUCUGACCAAACGAAUGCCGCCGUUUCCUCAAGCAGCGGGUUGAGGUCUGAACGGGUUCCGCCACCGGUCGCCAGGAAACCUUCGCAUGGCGGCGUCAGUUUUUCACAACAACGUCCAGCUUGUUCAGCUCGAAUGGAUAGCGGUGCUUCUGGCACAGAGGCUACAACAGCACAACAUUCCAAGGGAACGGCGCUUCCCGAGACAACUACAAGAGUGACCGCAGACACAAUUGAAACACUGUUCUGAAAUCAGUUUGUGGGAAACCAACCAAGAAGAGCCAAAGGAAAGCCUACAAGCAAGUUCACUGCAUAAAUGGGACAAUAAACUCACAUGAGUUGCAUUGAGUU